AUAUCUGGCAACUGCGCAUUAGUUCCACGCAGUCUUUUUUUAGCUAGUUUUCAGGAGAGAAAUGAGUCUUUUAAGGAUUUCGAAGAUAACUUUGUGGUUUGUGCUGUUGAUUAUAAAUCCUCAUAAAUGGCGGUCAACAAAUGAUCCUUUUCAGUUUCAAGAAUUUGAAGAAUCUAGUGAUCUGCUGGAUGCUAAUAGAGAUGCUACCACCAUUACAAUUGAGGAUGUGGACACCAAACCAGAGAAGCAAGAAUCAACUGCUGGCUUAACUGCUGAUGGUUAUGAUGAUAAUGAUCGCUUUAUUAACGAUGACAAAGCAUAGCUUCUCUCUGAUGAAAAGAAAAGUGCCCCAUUCUGGACAUUUGAAUACUAAAGAUUUUUUGACAUCGAGACACAUCAUGUGAAGGAAAGAAUCAUUGGAUCAUUCCUACCAUGGCCUGGAAAGAACUUCAUUCGUACCUACCUUCGAAGGAAUCCAGAUCUUUAUGGACAUUUGGAUUUGUGCCACUCUGUGUUUGCCAUUGCCAUCAGCGGAAACAUAUCCGGCUUGGUGCAAUUGGGCAACUCAGAAUAUAAGUACAUACCAGACUUUCGGAAAGUGUCUAUAUCUGCAUCAGCAAUCUAUAGCUAUGCCUGGUUUGUGCCUCUUGCCCUCUGGGGCUUCCUGCUGUGGAGAAAUAACAAGACCAUGAACUUGGUUUCAUACACCUUCAUGGAGAUUGUAUGCGUGUAUGGAUACUCUGCGAUUUAUGUUCCUGCAGUGGUCUUAUGGAUUCUCCCGUAUGAAUGGCUGAGGUGGUGUUCCAUCCUGGUGGCGCUCUGUCUUUCUGGCUCAGUGCUGCUGCUGACUUUCUGGCCUGCAGUCAGGGAUGACCACCCCAUCAUCGUUGUAGUCCUGUCAACCAUUGCAGUACUUAAUAUCCUGCUCGCUGUUGGGUGCAAGACUUAUUUCUUCAGCAAACCAGCUGUGAUAACACCAGUCACCCAUGAUGCCACAGCGAGGGUAAUCAACAAAACAACUUCAGUGUGAAAUUCCAAAAGGUUCUCCCUGUUGCCUUAAUGGAGAAUCGAGUUACUGGGGUAAUGAAGUCACAGGCCGUCUGGAUUUCACCUGCAUUCGGACUUUCCAUCUUAAGACUUUAAAAUCCAGAGUGUGCACGUGGUUCAACUGUGUGAACUUCGACAAUUAACACUGACAGCAAGUGUAUUAUUUCUAAGGGGUUAUAUUUCAACGUCUUUAAAGGCUAGGUUGGGUUUUUGUUUUUUAACAUACUGUAGCAAUUUCCUGCUUUGUAAUUAUGAUGAGAAUCUUAUUUUAAAAUAGUCAGAUAAUUAAUUUUUGCAGUACUGUUGGUGGUAGCAGAACCAUUUUUUGUAUCCGUGUUUUUUUAUUUUCCUUUAAUCGAAACGACCAUAUACGCCCUCUCUCUAUAGUAUAUUUUUAUAUAAACAACAUUUUGUGUUAGUAAGACUGUCACUGUGAUAAUGUGAUUAUACACUCAGUGACUACAACAUGGACCACACCCGGCCAUUGUCCUCAAGUGAAAUAUGAUAUUUGCUGGAUAACAUUACAGUUAGUUGUUUUGACACACUUUGAGGCUGUACUGCUUGGAGGCGUUAAUCACGUACUCAACUUUAUAAUUUUGUGCACCUCAUUUAUACAAAGGUAGAUUUAAAAAAUACAGAUAAUACAUGUUCCACAAUAACACAGUCUAGUUAAGCUUCUUACAGACUGUAGCUUCAAAAUAGGCCAAUAUGUGUGACACCAAGUUAAACAAGUAGUCUUAUUAUAAGGCUGAUGGUUGAGAUUGUAUUACAAUGAGAAGUGUCGAGUUUGCUGAUUAUUUUGUGCAGAAGUAUUGUUUUUCUUAUUAAUGUAAAUACAGAGAUUUUUCAACUAAUUCCAAAGAUCUGUCCUGAAUGUCAAAGGGGUUUAUGAUUUGUCUAACAAUUUUUUAAAAACAUCAUUUUGUUUAAGUGACAAUUGGCAUCUAAUAAAUUCUUAUCCCCGGUGAGUGUUCUGUGUGCAAAAAAAAAAAAAAAAACACUGCCAAACAUUGCCAAAACACUGUUAACAAUGGCACAUUUCCAUCCAAAAUCAAAUUUCAGUUUUUUUUUAUUUUUUUAUGCACAUUAGAUUUUGUGAAUUACUAAUUUCGGUCACUGAAUAGCACAAAGUUAAUUGAAGUCACGCCUUUUACAAAUCUGAAGAUUUGUGCUGAAAGGAAUAGUCAGUUAUUCAUUUGUAAAUC